AACUCGUGCAUUUUGAACCUCUCAAAUCUCUUCAUUUUCUUCUCCACUCUCAACUAUUGUUUUGAUACGAAGGAGAAAUUUUGCCAACAAUUUCGUAAAAUAUUGGAGUGCUCAACUUGUGUUCUUGUUCGCCGGGCUUUGGGUUUGAGUGCUCGAACGCCAAAGUUGUAGUUCGUUUUAUCCUAGGAGACUGACGCCACAACACUCCUAGCACCCUCAGGAGGUGGCGAAUUUGUUUUAAGGAGAGUGUGUGUACACACGACUCGAGCUUCCUUUUCUUCUCAUUGGGUUAAAACCUCAGUGAAACCUGCAAUCAUUACUCGAGUGUAGCCCUACCCGGCAAAGGAUCUCGAAGAAGUAAACCAGCUUAGGUUAGUCAUAGUUGAUCGGCAAUCAAGGCCAAUAGGCCGCUCCCAUUGGGAGUCGAACUUGUAAUCAUGCAGCUACCCAUCAACAGUCUGACCAACUUGGUUGGGGUUGCCGGAUUGGUCUCUAUAUUGUAUUGGUAGGUGGGUGAAAGUUCUUUUGUGGGAUCUGAUUCUGCUGCAAAUUUUUCAUGAUUUCUUGCUGAAUUGUUUACCAUCUGUGUUGAUUCAUAGCAGAAAAUGAAAGACAGUGGUGGUUCAGAAAUGCAGCUCAAAGGCUUCCACUUUUGGCUCCUAUCAGCUCUUAAUAUCAUUUUCCUUCUUGCUGGUCAGGGGGGCGGUAUUAUUCUUGGAAGAAUUUACUAUGAUAAUGGUGGAAAUAGUAAAUGGAUGUCCACUCUUGUUCAAUCAGCUGGUUUCCCUGUUCUUUUGAUUCCUUAUUUUCUUAUACCGUUGUCCAAAGAACACUCAGAUUCAUCUAACCAACCUCCACCUCCGCCUUCUAUGAUCAAAGUUACUAUUAUCUAUUUCUUACUUGGUGCCCUGACAGCCGGGGAGAAUAUGUUGUAUUCUGUUGCUUUGUUGUACCUCUCGGCCUCGACCUAUUCCCUCAUAUGUGCAACACAGCUAGCCUUUAAUGCAGUUUUUUCUUACUUCAUUAAUGGUCAAAAAUUUACCGCGUUGAUUUUUAACUCCGUGAUUACCCUUACAUUAGCUGCUUCUUUGCUAGCCAUAAACGAGGACUCUGAUAAGCCUUCGGGUGUCACUAGGUGGAAAUAUAUGUUUGGAAUUAUAGCUGCUAUAGCAGAUUCUGCAGUCUACUCCCUCAUACUCUCACUGAUGCAACUUUCAUUUCAGAAAGUUAUAAAGAAAGAAACGUUUCAUGUGGUUCUGGAAAUGCAAAUAUUUGUAUCUCUGGUGGCCGCCUGCAUCUCCACCAUCGGACUGUUUGGUAGCGGGGAAUGGAGGACUUUGUCGGGAGAAAUGCACGCUUUUGCUGCCGGAAAAGCGGGGUACGUGCAGGUGUUGGUGUGGACGUGUUUAGGAUGGCAGGUUUGUGCUGUUGGCGUCGUGGGUUUAAUCUUUGUGGUGUCGUCGCUAUUCUGCAAUGUUAUCAGCACGCUCUCGUUGGCUGUUACUCCCAUCGCUUCGGUGAUCAUCCUGCAUGACAAGAUGAAUGGUGUCAAGGUAAUUGCCUUGAUAAUGGCAAUGUGGGGUUCUGGAAAUUACAUAUAUCAGAACUACCUGGAUGAUCUCAAGGCAAGAAAAACACAUCUUGCUUCUGCUGAUACUGCAACUAAUGUGGAGAUGCUAUAGUGUAUAGCUUUGUUUAACUCAUUGUUUAUUGUAUCUAUCUAUCCAUGUAUUCAUGUUGCUUAUUGCUAGUCCACCAGAAUUCCUAUAGGGACGGCCAGGGCGGAGCUACAGUGGGGGCAGUUGCCCCCUUCCCCCUACCCCAUAUAUAACCCUGUAUGUAUAUAUGUAUGUAUAUAUAGUACAACAUUAAACUAAUAACACAAAGAAUAAAUUAGCCCA